AUGUUUGAUGUCUCGGCAGAUUUGGGUGACGAUUGUGUGUCAACUGCUUCGACUGUACUGUUUCACAAGAAAACAGAUGCCAAAGAAAGCGACUCUCCUAAUUGCAACCCGCUCAGUUUGCUGUCAUAUUCGACGCCAGAUACAGCGGAAAAUAGUUUGCUACAUAAGGAAAAUAACCGUGGUGCCUCUGAAUUCUAUGUAACAGAAAAAGAUGUUUCAACGGAUAAUGAAUGUGAAGAGGUAAUUCUGUCGGUUUAUUGGCGGAAAGGCCUGCUUGGUGCUGCUUAUUAUACCAUGGAAACUUGCCAGAUUACCGUGAUGAAUGAUAUAGUUGAUGUUAAUCCGGAAUUUAACAUCCUCCACAGUUUGUUUUAUCAAGUACAUCCCACUAAAGUUAUUACAAGCAGUAAAUUGUCACCAAAAUUUAUAUCUGCAAUAAAAGUUUUAUUAUGUGGUGAUACAGAAGACAUACACCCUGGAAAAGACUUAUCUGACCAAAGCAAGCUUAUUUUAUUGCCUGGGAAGAACUUUCAUUAUGAAAGCUGUAGAAGAAGAGUUUUGAAUAUAAAAUUCCCUAAUGCUCCAGAGGAAUUUGGUGAAGAUGAACAUGUACGAUAUAUUAAUUCCCUGCUUGAAAUGACUGCUGAAUCCAUGAUUUUCUCUCUUGGAUGUCUUCUUCAAUGUUUAGAUAAAUCAUAUUUGCACUUAAACUUAGAUGUUAGACAAAAAACAGCUCCAGUGCUUGCUAUAAGUACAAUAUCUUUGCAAGAUAUAGUAAUGAUUGAUGCAGACUCCUAUGAAGCGUUACAAGUAUUUAAUCAGCUUUCUCAUCCAUCAAAUUUCAAAGCUGGCACACCUGGAAGCAGUAAGGAAGGUCUAAGCAUUUUUGGAAUAUUCAAUAGAUGCAAGACAACAAUGGGAAGUCAUUUAAUGAGAACAAUGUUUCUCCAUCCAACACAGAAAAUUGAAGUUCUAAAUAAUCGACUGAAUGCAGUAGAGUUUUGCGCAAACCCAAGAAAUUGUGAUUUUGUUUCAACAGCUCAAGAUUGUUUAAAGUACAUAUCAAAUGUAUCGAGAACAACAGCACGUCUUGCCUCAGUAAGGGCUUCUGUUAAUGACUGGAAAUGCCUUCACAAAACCAUCCUCUACUCUACAACACUAGGAGAAUUGUGUUCACUGCAUAAAGAGAAGACUGAUUUGUUUAGAAAGUUUGCAGAUUGCAUUACAGAUGAUCUGUAUGAAGCGGGACACAUGAUUGGUAGCAUAAUUGACUUUCCAGAAUCAGAGAAGCAAAAUAGAUUUGUAGUGCAGCUUGGUAUUGAUGAAGAACUUGACAGAAAGAAACAUAAAUAUGGUUGUCUUCCUGCACUCAUGACAACAAUGGCACAGGAGGAGUUAGAUGACCUGCCAGAUUAUGUAAAAGAAUGCUCUGUUAUAUAUAUACCAGAAAUUGGAUAUUUGUUAGCUAUACCAGUUUGGAAAGAAGAAAUUAAUGAUGAUGAAAUCAAGAUCCCGGGCCUUGAAUUUAUGUUUCAGGUUGACGGUGUAAUACAUUACAAGAGCACUCGUUGUCGUGAGUUGGACAUUGUUCUUGGUGAUGUCGUUGUUCAGAUAACAGAGCAUGAAACGAGUAUAAUGAUCAAGCUUAUAAAUUAUAUCCAGCCAUAUUUGGAACUGGUCUGUAAAGUGGUGCAGUUGGCUGCUGAACUUGAUUGUAUGAUUUCUCUUGCUGUUGUUGCUCAAGAAAACAGUUAUGUGCGACCCAUUCUGACUGAGGAAAGAAUAAUUAAAAUAAAAGAUGGUCGCCAUCCAUUACAAGAAAAGUGUGUUAAUGAUUUUGUUCCAAAUGAUACACUUUCAAGUAAGUGCAAUGGCCUGAUGAAAGUACUGACAGGUCCUAAUGCAUCUGGGAAGAGUGUGUACUUGAAACAGGUGGCACUAAUUGCAUAUUUGACUCACAUAGGUAGUUUUGUACCUGCCACUAGUGCAACAAUUGGAUGCUUGAGUCAUAUUUUCACGAGGAUACAAACAGUGGAGUCAAUAGCUACAAGGUUAUCAGCUUUCAUGAUUGAUCUUAAGCAGAUGUCAAAGGCACUUUACUGUUCUACACCUUCAUCCCUUAUCAUCAUUGAUGAAUUUGGUAAAGGGACAGUUGAAUCAGAUGGCUUAGGAUUGUUAGUAGGUAGCUUGGAGCAAUUUUUAAGUCGUGGUGACAAUUGCCCUCAUGUGUUUGUAUCAACUCAUUUUCACCGUGCUGUACAGUUGCUACCAGAAACACAGUACUUGAAUUUUCAGGUGCUGGAGUACACUAUUGAUAGAGAUGACAAUGUUAUUUAUUUAUAUAAAUUGAAAGAAGGAAGCACAGAAUCAAGUUUUACACUACGAGUUGCACUUUCUCUUGGAGUGAAAGAAACUACUGUAAAAAGGGCACAGAAGGUACUAAAUACACUGAAGGCAACAGGUUCACCAAAAGCUGGUCUCAUUGCAAGAAAUGACUUUAUUAAAAAGGUUUUGGCAGUCAGGCUUUACUUCCCGUGCAGAACAGUGAAGUUAUUUUUGUGUGAAAACUUGGCUUCAUUAUUCCUUGGAUUGAAGUUCACUGAUCGUGCUGAUAUGGAAGUGUUAUCCAACUACAUAAAGGACUUCAUAGUGUCUAAUAGACUUUGUAAGGAAUGUUGA